CAUAUUACAUCGUAGUCGUGUUCUGCUUGUCACGGGGUCCCAACACUGGUUCAUAAUCUCGUAAAGUUGUUAUGUAGCGUAUACAUUGAACAUCGAAUGUUCGUUUCAAUCAGAAGAGGAUUACAGUAACACGCAAAGUUGACAUACCUUCGAAGGUAUUCGCUUCUAUUCCUAUCAGUGAGUUUGGUAUACAUUCAGAGGAAAGAGGAAGUCUUUGAGUGCUUCAAGAGGAGGAAAUUUGAAGGAAAGAUUCGAAAGAAGACCAUGAUGAUUGGCAGUUACAAUACAAUACGACCCAGAAAGCCGAUAAAUGGAUUUCCGAUCCAUCCAGAGGAUAAAAGAAAAACUAUAUUCCAGAUUGAUGACUAUUACAAGGGUAAAAACAAGGAUAUUACGAUUCCAAUGCCUCCUAUCGGAAUAGGCAACAUUAAGAAUAAGAAUAAAUCUGUAUCUGCACCUGUAACGAAAAAACUUUUGUACCAAGUUGAAAACUAUUGCGACAAUACAACUCUACACGGGUUGAGAUAUGUGGGCGAUCCUACCCUAUCUUUGUGUGAAAGACUUUUUUGGUUCUGUUCCUUCGGUAUAGCGGCAUGUUUGGCUGGUUAUUUCAUAUCGAACAUCUAUGUGAAAUGGUCGGAAAGUCCGGUCAUUAUCAGUUUCAGCCCGUCUGACGCGGAUUUGAAUUCUAUACCUUUUCCUUCGAUAACUAUUUGCAACAUGAAUCAGGCGAAGAGACACGAAGCUGAAAGGAUCGUGGCGCAGGGGACCCCGGCUCAGAAAAAAUUGCUCAACGACUACUGCAACCUUAACAACGACAUGAACGAGACUGAGUUCGAAACCGACUGGGACACGAUGCAGAAUUUUCUCAUAACGGUAGGACAGUCUUGUAGCGAUAUGUUGAGGUCGUGCUAUUGGAAGAACGAGAAAGUCGAUUGUGACGAAUACUUCAAUAACGAUCUGACCGACGAGGGUUUGUGCUGUUCCUUCAAUCGUUUACCACCCAACAAAAUUUACUGGAACCCAAAAAGUACUUCGUACUUGAAUCAAACCUACUCGAAUUAUAUCUACGACUGGAAUCCUGAAGAUGGUUUUCCUGACAAGAUAUCAGAGGCCACGUCUGAUUAUAUUCCAAGGAGGCCACUAGGAUCAGGCCAACACUUGGGUCUCUCUAUAAUCCUGGAUACCCAGGUUGAUAAUUACUACUGUUCCUCGACCUACAGCGUGGGUUUCAAGAUAGUACUCGCAAACCCGUUGGAGACCCCAAAAACAGCUGAUUUCGGUUUUCUUCUAAGUCCUGGAGUCGAAGCCAGGUACACUAUAAAUCCGGUGAUAAGAGAAGCUACGGAUUCUCUGAGAAGCGUCUCCAUAGAGAAGAGGCAAUGCUAUUUUUCGAACGAGAGAAGAUUGCAAUAUUACAGGUCCUAUACCACCAACAAUUGUUACCAAGAAUGCCAAUCCAAUUACACAUUGAAAAUGUGUGGAUGUAUUCCAUAUUUUCUACCACAGAGUAAAGGAAAAAGAAUAUGUGCAAAGAGAGAUGGAAACUGCGUGAAAAAUGCACAAGAAGCUACGAAUAUUGUCUACGGAAGAACCAAAAAUUGCGAUUGCCUUCCAGGGUGCGCUGAAAUAUCCUUCACUAAAUCAGGAUCGAGCACUCCUUUGACGAAGGGAUUCAGUGACAAAGAGUUGGACAAUUUUACCUACGAAUAUCUGAGGGAUAAUAUUGCAGUUGUGAAUUUCUUCUUCUUCAAGCAUAGGUAUGUCAAAGAAUUGAAGAGUGAAAUAUACGGUUUCACUGAUUUUUUAUGUGAGUAUAUUCGAGCGUUUUUUUCUCCCAGCUUAUCGGUCCUAAUGACCGAAUUUUUUUCAGCUAAUACAGGGGGGCUUCUAGGAGCCUUCUUAGGGUUCAGUAUUUUGAGUUUGGUUGAAUGCUUCUACUAUAUCGUCCUCAAAACGAUAUGUUUGGAUUUGAGGAAAUGGAACGAGAAACGAAAGAGACGUGCUGGAAAGAAAAAGAAAUUCUCUAUGCAAUACCUCCAAUGGACUUACACGGAAAGGAAUUGCAGAUUAGAGUGUCUAUCGAAUCACACGAAGGAAAAAUGCGGGUGUAUCCCUUAUUUUUUGCCGAAAGCCAGAGACGUUACAACUUGUAGCAAACAACAAGCCUUGUGCCAGUUUGAAGCCAAAAAUUUGGUGGAAGUGGCAUCUGAAAAAGGACAGGCAAUCGCUUCGAAAUGCAACUGUUUACCUGGCUGCUAUGAAGUCACUUACUUGAAAACGGGAACUUACAGCAAUCUCAAAAUCGAAUAUUACAAGAACGAAUCAGAAGAGGCCGAAGAAGAAUACAAGAAGAAUACAGCAGUGGCGCAUUUCUUCUUCGAAAAAUCGAAAUUCAGCAAGCAGGUGAAAAGCGUUGUUUUUGGCUUCUCUGAUCUCGUAUCGAAUUGUGGUGGGUUACUCGGAUUGUUCGUUGGAUUCAGCCUGCUGAGUCUUAUUGAAUUCUUUUAUUUUUUGACAUUACGCUUGGUGUGUAAGAAAAUGAGGAGACCAAGGCCUCAACAGAGUAUUUUUUCGCGGAGAUUGUUCAGUUUGAAAUGAGAUGCUAAUAAAUAAUAAACGAGUUUUUCUCA